AUGAGCCCCGCGUCCGCAGACCUCUACGCGCAGCGCCUCCCCACGCUCUACGAGGUCCUCAACCGUCAGACCUGCGCGCCCGUCGAUCUCUGGUCCUUCUACACUUUUCUCUCCCAGUAUCCAUAUGCCAUCAACUUCCUCGACUUCUGGAUCGACGCCAUGGCGCACCUGCGCCUGUGCAAGGACUACGUGAAGGGCGUCCGCGAAAGCUUCGUCGAGUGGGAGGACUCUCAGGAGCGCUCCGGCGCCAAUCGCGACAGCCGCGACAGCCACGACAACCGCGACUCACUCUCCAGCUCGCUGCUCCUCGAGGCCCUGAUGAACGACGGCUUCCUCGACUACGAGGACAGCAAGCGCGUUUCGCGCUUCCUUCAAGGCCAGACCGACUCGCCGCGCCUCACAAAGCUCCUGGAUAACUGGCAGAAACAGACAGAGCACGACUCCGACGCUCCCUUCAAAAGCCCGCUCACCGGUCUCGUCGACGAAUUCCUCAAGACCCAGGCACAGGACUUCCAGAAAGCACGCAUCACCUCCAAGGAGCUUCUCAACAACGCCCGCAACAUCGUCCACACGUACCUCCUCGCACCUGAGGAAAGCAGCCGCUACCUGAUCAACCUGCCCGACCACAUGCGCCAGAACGCCGUCCACAUGGUGCUGGAGGAGAAGCGACACGAUCCCGACGUUUUCGAGCAGCUCAAGGCGAUCUCCUUUCAGUUUCUGGAGAUGGACUGCUUUCCCAAGUUCUUGUCAUGCGUGGCCCUUCACAACCUGCACGAUGACAUCACAAGCAGCUCCUUGUCCGAUCCGCUCGCGAUCUUAGGGAGUAGCGCGCCCGGGCGCCGCCGUUCUCUGUUUGCGCGCUACACCACUCUGUCUCGCGUAGUUCUAGGCAUGAUCUUUUUGUGGAUGGGCCUCUGGCUGGGAUACACUUUGGUCUUUCUCAACUACUCGCGAGGCAUUCGUGUUACCACUAUAGUGCCCUUCUUCCUAGGGUUCUACUUCAUAUGGUGCGGCAUAUACAAAAUUGACAUCCUGUACGCGCUUUGCGGAGUUACACAGACGCUGGUCUCGAACGAGCUGGUCUCUUCCAAGGACCUCGAGAUAGGACUAAACCGCAAUGCGGUACACAACAAGACAAGACAGAGUACAUCGCCCGUAUUCCGCGUUUUUGGCGGUUCAAGCAGGCUGGUUUCAAUCCAACAGCCGUUUGUUAAUAGCAUGCUCCGCAGACGGGCCCUGUGGUGCUUGGUCCUCGUCCUCGCUGGCACCGCAAUUUUUACAGUAAUAUUCAGCUGCGUACCCGGCCACAGGCUAUAG